AUGGACGUUUUGGAAGAUUCACUUAUUCAAAUUAUGUACAGAAACAUUGAAAGUGUCGCUGUUGGUUGGGGCGCAACAUCCCAACAAGGUCAAAUAUCCACCAAGCUCAGAGAAGUUACCGUACCAAUAAUGUCAAACAUAGAUUGCAAAAGAACCGGAUACACUUCCAGGAUAACUGAUAACAUGCUGUGCGCUGGAUUCAAAGAGGGAAAAAAGGAUUCUUGUCAAGGUGAUAGUGGAGGUCCUUUGCACAUAAUCAAUGGAAGUUAUCAUAAUAUUGUUGGAAUUGUUUCCUGGGGAGAAGGAUGCGCUCAGCCAAAUUAUCCAGGAGUUUAUACAAGAGUGAAUCGUUAUAUAACAUGGAUUAUGUCUAAUACAAAAGAUGCUUGUUAUUGUUAAUAAAAAAUAAAUUUCA